UGCAGAUGACAACUUCUCCAUCCCCUUGCACAAAAAGGACCUCCACGGUGGAUUGAAUCGACACGACUCUACGACAGUGCGAAACCAUGGCCAAUCCAUUUCCCCUUUUAGAGCUUCCCGAGUCUGUUCUGUCGACGUCACUGGGGUCUUUCCUGGACGGGAAAAGCAUGUCAACCUUUUUGAUUGUGGUGCAAGGUAGCCGAGAAUGUGAUGAUGACAGUGUAUUGGGGCUCUUGCGAAAUGCACUAGUGCAUCGCUACGGUCAACUCUACAAUCGUCUCUCUUCUCCGCAAGAAGAACCAGAGACAGAAGAGAUUCGGGAUGUACUGUUGGUUACCAAAGAAGAAGUCCGAACCAGCGAGUCCAUUGCCAAAUUUCCAGAAUGGUGUGCCGUGCUGGACUACUUUGAAAAACAGCUGGCAGCACAGGACACCACCACCACUGACAUGGCAGCAGCAAAAUGGAUUGUCUGGUGUGGACCCAUCGAAACUGUUUAUGGGCCCUUUCCUGCGGCUUUGGAGUGUUCUACCGAAUGGUCUCUCGGGGCCUUGGAAUACUGGAAUGAAGUUGAGCUAGAACAAUUCUCUAUUGUCCACCCAAAUUCAAGAAGUGUCAAUGACCAACAAUACGACUUAUCCACCUAUUAUGGAACGGUGCAGUCUCUCACAGAAGAAGGGCGAUUGCUAUUGGCAAACCUGUACUUGACUCUGGAACAUGACCCCAAUCACUGGGAACACUACCUUCUGCUACGGUCCAGAAGCUAUGACGAUCAGCCCACUGAGUUCUGGACCCCUAAAACUGGCCAUCCAUCAGAACUGCUGUGUUUCUGGGACAGCCAAGAACAGGCAUAUGACUGGGAAGAUGCGCUGAACAAAUUGGGCGACAAUGUGAUUCGCAUCAUGGCCCGUUGUAUUGAGCAACAGGGAUCCUUUCCAUGAAGAAGCAUUGGUGAAUCAAAAUCACGAAGGGAAUCCAACAACAUAUGGAUCGUACACUGUUGUCAGUGACGAAGCAACCCAACAAUAAACCACUCAUCAGUCAUUUUGGUUGACAUGGUUUGUCAUCUAUUCAAACUCGGCAUCAGACCACCACCCGCAUAGAAACCAUCCGCAUAGAAACCACCCGCGCCGGAAACGCACCAGGAGUCAGUUCAUUCUAAAGUCUUCCCUCAACUUCUCCUUUUGAUCAGACCUCCACUUCUGCUGUGCAAUCCGUGAUCAAGAAGUUGCAAGUUUCAGGCUCUUACAAAGAAUGACUAUCGCUAUGGCAACUCUAUGGCAACCCCAUGCCCGAAAGUGUUUUCUGGGACUCAACAACAGUUACUGGCCUCGCAUUGGGAAUGUGUGAUUGGUAAAGUAGGACACAGUCUGAUUUAAAUCAUGUCACAGUGCAUUGAGCAAAAUGGGCCAUGUCCAGUCCGUGGAGAUUAAUGAAUCAAAAGCGAAGGAAUCCAAGCAACAACACAUAUUUUGAUAGGACACCGUGUAUUGUCGCCGUCGGUGGUGGUUUUGCGGGAAUCAAUGCUCGAUCUCCUUUCGUACCUUUCUCCAGAGCCACGGUUCCACAACACAUCCGCGAGAACCAGGAGCAGGACCCAGCAACCCUUCUCGUCUAGCCAAUGCUACAAGCUGCCCUUGAAACCCAUUAUUCGUUAGAAAAGCAUUCCCUCGGCAUGUCCGACAAUGUAGAACCGUCUCCAAGACAUUGGUUCUGGUUCGUAGCAUGUGCUCCGCCGCCACAAUCACCCCGGAUCGAUUGCAGCCUGCAUAACAAUGCACAACGAUGCGCGCCUCGUUUUUGCUGUUGUUGUUCUGGGCCCCCCGCAUAAAUUCCAGGCACUCUUCCAGAUGUAAGUCCAGCAUGUCGUAGGUGGGCUCGUCAAUGGCAUCCACCAUUUUAUAGUGAAUGCCUUUCUUUUCGUAUUCUUCUUGGGGGCUCCAAGCUGCC